AUGAAGUUGAACUCAGGUUAUGAUAUGCCUCAGAUUGGCUACGGAACCUGGAAGAUCCCAAAAGAUAUCUGCGCAGAGAAAGUCUACAAUGCCGUGAAAGCUGGCUAUAGAUUAUUUGAUGGUGCUCAAGAUUACGCCAACGAAAAGGAGGUCGGUGAUGGGUUGAAAAGAGUCAUCGACGAGGGAAUCGUCAAGCGUGAAGAUUUGUUCAUUGUUCUGAAGCUCUGGAACAGUUUUCACCAUCCAGACAAUGUCGAAGCUGCGCUUGACAGAACGUUAAGUGACUUGAAACUUGACUACUUGGACUUGUUCUUGAUCCACUUUCCAAUCGCUUUCAAAUUUGUGCCUUUCGAGGUGAAAUAUCCUCCCGGUACAUACUGCGGAGAUGGAGACAAAAUUGUGUUGGAGAAGGUGCCAAUCUUGGAUACAUGGAAGACACUUGAGCGGUUGGUUUCAAGCGGAAAAAUCAGAUCCAUCGGCGUUUCUAACUUUAAUGGUGCAGUAUUGAUGGACUUGCUCAGUGGUGCAACCAUCCCUCCAGCAGUUCUCCAGAUUGAGCACCACCCAUACUUGCAACAACCCAACUUGAUUAAUUGGACACAGAGCAACGGAAUAGUCGUCACAGCAUACUCAUCAUUUGGUCCACAAUCUUUCCUUGAAAUGAAGUAUCCCAAGGCUGAGAAUUGUGUGCCUUUAUUUGCUGAAAAGACCAUCACCAGAAUCGCAGAGAAACACUCGGUGAAACCUUCGCAGGUUUUGCUUAGAUGGUCAACCCAGAACAACAUCGCUGUGAUUCCAAAGGGAGACUUGCCUGAACAUUUGGAAUUGAAUAUGAACUCCACGGGAUUUGAUCUUGAUGAUCAAGAUUUGAAGGACAUAGAGAAGUUGGAUAUUGGAGUUCGUUUCAACGAUGCAUGGGAAUGGGCAGGGGUUCCAACAUUCUAUUAG